AAAAACCCUCCUCCAGACCGCGCAAAACACAGAGGGUAAAUAAACAAAUUUCGAAACUACAGAAGUGGCGGCACAUUUGUUUCCCCCCUCCUCUAUCUCUCCUUGCUACAAAGCCCCAUCAGUUGUUUCUACCUCACUCGCAUCCUCCUCUUCCAUUCCUCUCUCUCUCUCUCUCUCUCUCUCUCUCUCUCUCUGCAAACCCUGAACAGAGAGGAGUGAGAGAGAGCAAUGACUGACCAGGAGAACUGUUCACGAGUCACACGGUUGGCCAAGAAAAGGGCAGCCGAAUCGAUGGCCGAACUGGAUUCUCAGCAGCAGCCCAAGAAGCGGGUGGUGCUGGGCGAGCUAUCGAAUGUGUCGAACAUGGGGCCAGCGACUAGGGAUCUGGGUUCGGAGCCGGUGCUGAAGCCGAGAUGCAGGACAAAGAAGAAGGCCAAGAAGGCAGCCGCCACUAGGAAGCAGAAUGUUGGCGAGAUAUUGGAGGAUCCACAAAUGUGCGGGGCUUAUGUAUCUGAGAUAUACGAGUACCUUAAAGAAAUGGAGGUUCAAGCGAAGAGGAGACCAUUGCCAGAUUACAUCGAGAAGGUCCAGAAAGAUGUAAACCCUAACAUGAGGGGGAUUUUGGUGGAUUGGUUGGUGGAGGUUUCUGAAGAGUACAAGCUUUGCUCUGAUACUCUCUUUAUGUCCAUUUCUUACAUUGAUAGAUUUCUGUCAACAAAUGCUCUCAAUAGGCAGAGGCUCCAGUUGCUUGGCGUUUCUUCAAUGCUUGUAGCGUCAAAGUAUGAGGAGAUUAGCCCUCCAAAUGUGGAAGAUUUUUGCUAUAUAACGGACAACACAUACACAAAGCAAGAGGUGGUGAAAAUGGAAGCUGACUUACUAAAACAUCUGAAUUAUGAAUUGGGCAAUCCCACAAUUAAGACAUUUUUAAGAAACUUGACCAGGGUUGCUCAACAAGAUUAUAAAAAAACUUCCAGUUUGGAGUUGGAGUUCUUGGGCUACUACCUAGCAGAGUUGAGUUUGUUGGAUUAUAGCUGUGUGAAAUUCUUACCUUCGUUGGUGGCUGCAUCUGUAAUGUUUCUUUCGAGAUUUACACUCCGGCCAGAGUCACAUCCUUGGAAUUUGGCACUGCAACAAUUUUCUGGAUACAAGCCAGCAGACUUAAAGGAAUGUGUUCUUAUAUUGCAAGAUUUGCAAUCAAGUAAAAGGGGCGGCUCUUUGGUAGCAGUAAGAGAGAAAUACAAGCAGCACAAGUUCAAAUUUGUGUCGAUGUUGUCCUCUCAUCCAGAGAUACCAAGUUCUUUCUUCGAAGAUUUUCAAGAUUUGUAGUUUGGGUUAGCAGCUGACAUUGUCACAUUGUUUUGCCGGUACUGUGGUGCUCGAGAGUGAUCUUACAGGGAAAGAGAACUGUUGCAUUGGCCUGGUCUGGUGAUUAAUCAUGUUUGAGAUGUGGAUGGUUUUGUGACAAUUUUAAUUUUGUGAUAUUUGGGUGGUAAAGCAUGGAAUUUGUUGACAUAGCUCUUCCUUUUGAUAGCUUCUGAUUAUACUGGCUUCUUUUCUUACCUUAUCAAUGAAAUCUUUGAUUACUCAGG